AUGGAUUCUCUGGACCCAGUGAGCUCUUGCCUGUUCAAGUACAAAAGGAUAAACUUCCUGGUCAAGGACAAAUUGCGACCGGCGGACCUUGAGGCUUUGCAGCAUUUUGAGAUCCACCCUACUGAUAUCUUCCUCAUCACGUACCCCAAGUCAGGCACAGUGUGGAUGCAGCAGAUCCUGGCUCAGAUCAUGGAUGCUGCCCACCCUGACUGGGCAGAAGAUGCUACCAACAGGUCAAUAGUUCCUUGGCUGGAGGGGAGAACUAUUGACAACCCUUUCAAAGAAAGGCCAGAUCCUCGAAUCUUUCGCUCGCAUCUCCCCCCCAACAUGUUACCUCUAGGAGUGAAAGACAAACAAAUCAAGGUUGUGUAUGUUUGGAGGAACCCUAAGGAUGUCCUGGUGUCGUUCUAUCACUUUGCGCACAGUUGGGUGUUACUGGACGCCCCUCAGAGCUUUGAGGAUUUCUUUCAGCAGUUCCUGGAUGGUGAUGUUUACAUGGGAUCCUGGUUUGAUCAUGUCAAGGAUUAUCAGAAAGCACGAGACCAACUGAACAUCCACUUUGUGCAAUAUGAGAACAUGUUGAAGGACUUCAGAGGGGAAGUUGUGAAGCUUUGUGCUUUCCUGGGAAAAGAUUUGACAGAUGAAGUCAUUGAUCAUGUUGUGGAGACGUCCACCUUCAAAAGCAUGAAGACCAACCCCAAAGCAAACUACAAGGACUUGGUGGAAACCGACCACUACAAGAAGGAAACCAUGCGUAAAGGUAAAGCAGGUGACUGGAGGAACUUCUUCACGGUGGCCCAGAAUGAACAUUUUGACAACGUGUUCAAGGAGAAGAUGGGCAAUUUACCGCUGACCUGCAUCUGGGAGAUUAAAGAAUAGUUCCUCUUGAAACAGUCCUGUGAUUCUUUCUACACAUUUGAACCUUUCCGUGCAGAGAUUGGAGGAAACUGGCCUCCAUCACACUCAGAAUUUAUUAAUUUAAAAACUGUGCUGAUCAGUGUGAUUAGUAAACAGGUUCAACUUAAAGAAACACUCACUAUGUAAUCUGGUCAUGUGAAGAUGUGCUUUUCAGAAAUUUGAGUAAACUCACCCUUCAACACAAAGCCAAUAUAAAUAUCAAUAUAAAUUAUCAAUUAACCAUACAAGCAGUACAAUAGAUCAAUAUAGUAGUGUGUGUGUGCAGGGCCAUAAUCAUAAAACUAUCUAAAGCCUGUAAUCCUUGUACGAGGUCAAUGUUUUUACCAUUUGUUUGAUGUAACUGCAGCAUCUUUGUUUCCCUCUGUUUUCUUGUCACUGAAGAGUUUUGAGUUCAAAGAACUCAAAGAUGAAUAUAAGAAUUAUAUACGCAUGGUCAUUGUGUUGA